CGGAGAUGGAAAGUUCUUGACAACGUAAGGGGGAGGGGGACUACAAUGACGGAACUCGAGAUAAAUAUAUAUAGGUAUAUAUUAUAAACAUGAUAAUAUUUUACUAUCCGUUACGCACAUCUGUUAUUAUUACCAUUAUUUUGUUUUAUCCAUUAACUAUCAUUUAAAAUAUCGUAUAAUGUUUCAUGAGUAUUUAAUAAAUCCAAUGGUACUAAAUAAUAAAUACAUGCGACUAUGCCUAUUUACACAGCUUAUGUACCUAAAUAUUUAUAUUUUUACACUAUUCAACAGUUUUUGUCAUUAAAAAGACAUACAAAUAUUGAAAUAUAUAAUAUAAAAAUAUUGUAAUAAUAGUCAGACAUGUGGGUCAUUACGUUUAUUUCUUCCGAAUCGUUGGAUUGCGAACCCCGACCACGACCAGAUAACGGGCAAGCGAUUUUCACGGCAUCCAAAAAUUGGAGAAGGGCUGUGGAGGUGUAUCAAUGUGAUGCUGGAUACGUUCUGACAGGUCAAACAAAGCACACGUGUAUCCAAGGAGAAUGGUCCGGACAUGUGCCUUCAUGUACACGGCCUACUAGUUCCGGUUACAAUAACAAUAUUAUCAGUUCGGCACAAGGUUGGUUUCCGUUCAGACGUAUAUUGAAACUAGACACAAACAGGAAAAUUCAGGAUAACGAAAAGCGGUUAAAAAAUAAAUCUGUAGAUAUUGAAACACCUGAAACACUUCAGCAGACAUCAGGACUUGGUACAUUUCAACUUCCGAAACAUAUGAUUAGAGACUCGGCUAAGGAAUAUUCAGUAGGAGACUAUGAUUUGAGCUGUCUAUUUAGAAAACGACACGGCAAAAUUUUUUUGAGGGCACCUAAGUUACCAUUUGCACAUGUGGUGAAAUAUUCCAAGAAUAAAAAUACUGUAGAUCCAAAAAACAAAUAUUUAGAAGCGAUUUACCAUUGUAUCAAAGGGCAUGUGUUCGAAAACCCUUCACAUACCAAGCUUUAUUGCAGUAAUGGACAUUGGGUUGGUGUAAAACCACUAUGUGUUCCAAAAACGACACCGAUGACUAUGUACCAAAUGGAAUGUUAUAUUAAGUGUCCACCGGACAAGAAUGUAAGUUUAGCUGAAGGUGAAAAAUUUAUAAAUUUCGAAGUGGAACAACCAAACACGAAUUACGAUUGGAACAGGUUCGGUACAUUGAGUUCCGGUUGGUCUAAAAAUUCAUCGAAAACUUUGGUACCAGGUUUGUAUAUAAUCACCUACACGGUUCGAGAUGAUGAAGACAUGGAUAUUGCAUCAUGUAGGACUACUGUACGAGUGACGGAUGACGAAGUUCCGUCUGUACAAGAUUGUCCAUUGUAUUUGGAGGUAAUAGAGGACUUUUCGAAAAAGAACACUGUUCCUGUAUCAUGGCCGGAACCUCGGUUCUUGGAUAACAUAGGCGUAACACAAGUGGCAAAAACGAUGGAACCGGGUCAGCUUAUGGGCCCAGGACUGUAUAAUGUAUUGUACAUGGCUAUGGAUGCAUCAAAAAAUGAGGCUACAUGUAAUUUCACUAUUGAAGUUAAAGAUCGAGCAGUAAUUGAAAUUGAAAACGGUAAACCAAAAGAAACGUUAAAUAGAGUCAUUCAAAAGAGCGAUGAAUAAAAAAUAAUAUGUUUAACUAUUAUCAUUGAUUAUAAAUACUAU